AUGGGUGUACAAACCGACUCGAAGGAGGGCAUACACCUCAUCAUCAUCGGCGCCGGUCUAGCUGGACUGAGUGCCGCGCUAUCGACCAAACUAGCAAACCCAGCACAUCGAGUAACGGUUCUGGAGGCUGUGAACGAGCUCCAGGAGGUCGGAGCCGGCCUCCAGCUCACCCCCAACGGCACGCGCCUGCUCAAGGCCUGGUCGCUGGACGAGCGCCUGGCACCACUCGCGGCCGUCCCGUCCUCGCUCUCGAUGCGGCGGUACGACGGCAGCAAGCUGCUGGCGCAUGAGGCGGACCUGCAGGGGCAGAUGCGGGCGCGCUACGGCGCCGGCGCCCCCUUCUGGGACCUGCACCGCGUCGACCUGCAGCAGGCCAUGGUGGCGCGGUGCGAGGCGCUCGGCGUCGAGAUCCGCCUGGGCUCGCGCGUGGUCGCGGUCGAUUUCGCCGAGGCCCGCGUGCGUCUGGCCCAGGGCGGGUUGGUGCUCCGCGGGGAUGUUGUUCUGCUCGCGGAUGGGCUGUGGAGUGCUAUCCGGCCGGCGUUUUUGGGUCGCCCGAGUCCGGCCGUCCCGACGGGGGAUCUGGCGUAUCGGAUUACCAUCCGUGUGGACCAGUUGGAGGGGGAGGAUGCGGAGGAGCUGAGGCGGUUUAUUAGGGACGCAACGGUUAACUUCUGGAUCGGGCCCCGGUCGCAUUGUGUUGGGUACUCGGUGCGGGCCGGGGAGAUGUAUAAUUUGGUGUUCUUAUGUCCGGAUGAUUUGCCCAAAGACGUGGCCAAGCUGGAGGGAGAUAUGGAUGAGAUGAGGGCGAGGUUUGGGGGGUGGGAUCCGUUGCUUGGGCGGUUCUUGAAGCAGGUAAAGGGGGUGGUGCACAAGUGGCGCUUGAUGUGGCUGGAUGCGUUGCCAGAGUGGACAAAUAAGGAGGGGACAUUUUUCAUGGCGGGGGAUUGCUGUCACCCGAUGUUGCCGUAUCUGGCGCAAGGGGCGAACUCGAGUCUCGAGGACGGCGCUGUGUUGGGAUCGCUGCUAGGAAGGGUAAGGAAGAGCGAGAUGGCGAAGCAGUUGCCAAGUGUGUCGGUGCUAUAUCAGAAGUUGAGGAGAGAGAGGGGGAGAAAGAUCCAGCUCGAGACGUUUAAGCAGAGGGACGAUUCGCACAUGGAAGACGGAGAGGCGCAGGAGAAAAGGGAUGCCCUGAUGGUGAGCAUGCUAGGCAAGGAGCUCAAGGCCCCAUUCCCGAGCCGGUGGACGUGUCCUGAGAUCCAACCCUUCUUGUAUGGCUAUGAUGCGUAUGCGGAGGCCGAGAAGGGAUACCGGGAGAAUCCUUUUUGA